ACUUCUCUUCGAUUUUGACGGUCACGAUCUCCUUGAUUGGAGACGAGUUGCGGCUAGUUACAGCCGGCAUUAUCCAAGAAAUUGUCGACAAACUGAGCGUCGUUAGAUUUCGAUCUCUGGGAAAAUUGGAGGCUCUGUCUUCCAAUUAAAAUGGCAUCUGCCUUUGCCACUAAGUUUUCCAGUAGAAGGUUGAUCAGGAAAACUACUUCUGAGCUGAUGAGAGUUAAACAGAGGGAUGGAGAAUCUCUCAAGAACUAUAUGAGCAGAUUCAAUGAUGCGGUAUUGGAGGUUAGUACCUUUGAUCAAGCUGUGGGGAUUGCAGCUGUGAUCUUUGGUCUUAAGCAUGACAGGUUCAGAGACAGUUUGAUCAAACAUGCUGCCACCACCUUCAGUGAGGUGAAUGAUAGGUCUCUCAAAUUUAUAACUGCUGAGGAGUACGCCCUGGUGCAAAACCCACCUCCCUCUAAGAACCAGAACCCAGAUUGGGGAGAUGACAACCCGAGCAGGAAAAGGAUGAGGGUGGCGCAGAACCGAGGUCCGAUGUUGACUUCCCCGUCGAGAUUCGGAAGGCCGAACUCAACACCCCCGCAACAAUCUGCAGGUAAACCUCCAGCUAAUUGGACUCCCUUUAAUCUGCCGAGAGAGCUGAACAACCGAGGUUUGUCAGAGAGUAGAGGCCGCAGCCUCAAGGAGUCCACAAUCCCCCAAAUAGACAAGAAGAGGAAGAUCGACGAUGCUGAAUGGAAGAAUCAACCAAUUACUUUCACAUCUGCUGAUCUCGAUACAGUUGUUACACCCCACAAUGAUCCUCUGGUCACUUCUGUCAUGAUCAACAACUGUGAAGUACAGCGUGUCGUUGUUGACACCGGGAGUGCACCAGACAUCAUGUACUUCCACUGUUUUGAGAGUCUGGGGCUAGAUCUAGCAUUGUUGCAUAAGUAUGAUGGUCCUAUCUAUGGUUUCAACAACCAACCUGUUCCGGUAGAAGGAGUUCUUACCCUCCAUGUGGCUUUUGGGAGUGGUCGGACCUAUGUAGCCCCUUUAGUCCGGUUCUUUGUUGUCAAGAUGGCCUCUUCUUUCAACAUUGUUAUUGGCCGACCUACAUUGACCGAAAUCCGAGCUGUAGUUUCUCAAUCUCACCUCUGCAUGAAAUUCCCCACUCCUAUGGGAAUAGCAACACUGCGAGGAAAUCAGGAGGUGGCCAGACACUGUUAUAUCACCUCGAUAACACAACCAACGAAGGGAAAAGAUAAGACACCUGAGAUCAUUCCCCAGCGAGUUCCUGAUAGUCAGCAGGUUAUGGGUGUAGAAAUCGUUGAUAAUCAACCAGAAGAUGAAACCAGAGCUGCUCCGGUCGAAGAUGUUGAAGAAGUGCUCGUUGAUGACAGAGAUCUGAGCCGAAAAACGCAGAUCGGAACUAGAUUGAACCCGGAUGAGAAAGCAGAACUAAUAGCUUUUCUCCGAGCUAACAAUGAUGUAUUUGCAUGGACUUCGGCAGAUAUGCUAGGAAUUCCAACUUCAGUAUGUCAACAUAAGCUCAGUACCUACCCAUUGAAGAAACCAGUGGCCCAGAAGCGGCGUCUCUUCGGGGGGGAGCGGCUUCAGGCUAUCAAAGAAGAGAUUCUGCAGAAACCAGAGUGCUCUGGAAGAUUAAUUAAGUGGGCAGUAGAACUGGGAGAGUUUGAGAUAACAUUCCAGCAGAGAUCAGCCAUCCGAGCUCAAGCAUUAGCAGAUUUCAUUGUCGAAUGCACUCCAUGUCCUUCAACCUCUAAUCCAGAACCCAAUGACUGGACCUUAUAUGUUGACGGAGCAUCUAGUAGCAAGGGUUCAGGCGCUGGCGCUCUCUUGAUUGUCGUUGAUCCUGUGAUGGUAAAGUAUGUAGCCUUGGUGGCCGAGCUGAAGUGCAAAUUUCAGAAAUUCUGUUUGAGUAAAAUUCCCCGAGUUGAGAAUGAACAGGCAGAUUCACUCUCCAAGUUUGCUUCUGAUAGCUCCUUAAGCUCUAGAUCCGUUUUUGUAGAAGUCUUAGAUGAGCCAAGCUUCACGAAGCCUCGGGUGAUGGAGAUUAGCACAAACCCUGACACGCCAAGCUGGACUGAUUCAAUUGUCUCCUUCUUACGAGAUGGGAUAGUGCCUGAGGACAGGCAAGAGGCAAUGAAAUUGAGGAAGAAAGCAUCUCGGUAUACACUUGUUGAUGGAGUCCUGUAUAAGAGAUCUUUCUCACUUCCUCUUCUACGAUGUUUAAACCCCUAUGAAGCUGAAUACGCACUUCGAGAGGUACAUGAAGGUGUCUGUUGGAGCCACGUCGGUGCUAGAACUCUGGCUCACAAAGUUUUAAGGCACGGAUACUACUGGUCAAACAUGUACAAAGAUGCCACUUACUUUGUUCAGAAAUGCCCGAAAUGUCAAUUCUUCGCACACCUGACUCAUCAACCAGCAGAAGAGCUCACGAACUUGGUAGCGCCGUGGCCAUUCGCUCAAUGGGGACUAGAUCUUUUAGGCCCAUUUGUGAAAGGGGUCAAUCAGUUCAUUCCCUUCUGUUAAUAAAUGUUACUUCACAUUUGAAGUACUUUAUCUGCUUUUAAUUUGUUCGCAAUGCUGUACUUGUCCCUAAUUCAUAUGAAGUGGCUUACUUCUUCUUAAUUCUUCUUAAUUCGUCUCAAGUACUCUCAAUUCUUUCAUUCAUAAAACUUAACAAAAAUA